UUAUGCGGGGGGCGGAGCUGAAGACCUUCGACGGAACAGCUGAGAACACACAACAAACACUGGAGUUGUGGAUUUACGUGUGUAAGCAUUUUUGUGCAGAGAACCAAAGUCUUCAAGACCACACAUCAAAUUAGUUGUCUGAGCUUAGAAAUUAUGCUUUUAUGCAAGUAAAGUCAGGUCAUCUUUGGAAUUCUGAUAUCAUUACAGCCACAAAAGGAAAUGAGACUCCAGUUUGCUUUUCAAUGACAUCACGUGUGGGCCUCUGCCUGAAGAAGAGACGUUAAGGAUGUCUGCAGAGGAAAACAGUGAUAUUCGCAAUUCCAAAAAAGAAUCUUUACUGUCAGGUUUGCUAACUGCUGUUCAAGGAUGCCAGGUGCGAUUUGGAGGUCGAGCAGAAUUGGCCACCGAAACAGAUGAAAGAGUGGCUUCUCUCUGCACCAGCUUGGAAUCAGCACUCUCCUAUGGACUCAAGCCCAGAUCUCCAAACAGAGGUUUAGCAGCUAUUAAGCAAGUUAAAGACAUAGUAACCUCAGGUCUCAAUCUACACCUUACACUACCUGGAGGAGAUACAGAAGCUCCAGUCCUUUGGUGGUAUGUACGAGAACUUUUAACACGUCAUGAAUAUGAACGAUUUUUGCUUUUGAAGAAUGUUAACACGGACCUCGGCAGGGGAAGGGCAUGGAUUCGAAGCUUAUUGAAUGAGCAUUCCCUUGAGCGUUACAUGCAUAUACUGGUUUGCGAUGAGAAGCUUCUGCUGCAGUGGUAUGAACCGUGGGCAUUACUCCGUGACAUGGAGAGGGCAGCAAUGCUACCAAACUUAGCUGCAG